AUGCCCAAAACCUCCCCUCAAAAGCCGCCACGUACCCUUCGGAGUCGUGUCCGUACCUUAGCAGAUGCGGAUGUCAAUAUAGCCAAAGCAGAGAAAGCAGACAAGGCAGAAAAAGAAGAAGAAAGAAAAGAAAAAGAACGAAAAUCUAACCAUGAUAACCAAAAUAGAUGGGAUGACUGGGUACCGCAAGAUCGAGUAAUGAAGUUUAAUGAAGAUAAUAAAGAAUUGGCUGCUCAACUUCAUCAAGAGAUGAAGAAGUUGAACCAGAAGCCCAAAUCCGCAACCUCAGCAGGUGGAAAGAAACUUGGAGGUCGAACGAAUGGAUCGGAUUUUGGUUCGGGUCGUGGUAGUGAAGAGAGACAUGCGAGUGUCGCAGCUCAAGGAGGUGGAAGAGGUGGUCCAAGAAGAAAUCGUGAUUAUGAUUUGGAACAAGUAAGUCGAUCAUUUUAUUCGUCUUAUUCAUUCGGACAUUUCAAACAUUCAAACAUCCAAACAUCCAAACAUUCAGACAUUCAGACAUUCCAACACUCCGACUUUCAUUACCCUUUUACAUCCUGUUAUCCUCAAUCCUCAAUUAUUUCUACAUCAUCUAUCCAAUUCACUUCUUUUCAUUCUUCUGGUGGUUUUGCUAUGGAUGUUAUACCAUCUUGA